AUGCCUCAGAGCUUCAAGGUUAGAAGAGUGGUUCGCGUUGAAGAUUCGGAGAUGUGGGGUCGGUACGUGGACAAACGCGAGGCUAUCGCUCGACGACGGGCAGCAGAGAUGCCGAUAGAGCAGCUGAAGCCGCCAGCUGUCUCGAACGAGGUGGCGGAUAAGCACCGACAGACGUUUGAGCCCUUGGAUCUCGAGUUGAAUGAGAUGUACCUCUGGCAUGGCACCAACGUCCGAAAGGCGCUCUCAAUUGCACAGAGCGAUUUCCGCAUAGACCUCGCCGGCAGCUCCACAGGCACCAUGUACGGUCUCGGAGCUUACUUUGCAGAGCACUGCACCAAAGCAGAUGAGUACGCAAGUGACGAGCCGGGUGGCUACUACGAUGGGGUAUUCUCACUCUUGCUUUGCCGAGUUUGCUUGGGUAAGUUUUACUACACACAGGUCCGUGAUACAGAAGCUGGUUCACAUGUGAGAACCGGAGCCUUCGACAGUACGGUCGGGGAUCGGCUGACCAAGGCGGACACUUUCAGAGAGUUUGUGCUGUACGAUGCCGACGCUAUAUAUCCCGAGUACGUUGUUCUCUACACGCGCGUUUAUGCUUCGGACGCCCCUGAGACGGUGGAGAGGCUGACGAAGGACCUGUACCACUUGCAGCUGCCUGUGUAUUGGGCCAAUUGUCACAAAGAUCCCGUCCACCAGCCGUUUCACGAACAAUUUCUGGUGGCGAGGUACACAGUUACCCUGCUUCAGGAGUUAGCAACCGCUUGCUUCAAGGGCACUGGCACGAUCGAAGUCACUCGCGCCAAGCGUAUCGAGAACUCACAGGUUUGGCAGAAGUAUGUUCAGCGCAAGCGGGCGCUUGUGAAAGAGAUCCAGAAGAGGCCUGGCAUAAAGUUCCAGACCGCCCGAGACCUGGACAACACAAAUGGUGAAAUUCUGACUUUCAGCUUCCUCAGCAAUCGGGAUUCCACCGAAGAGUGUGUGUCCAUCACCAACUUGGAGGAGCCGUUGAACGAGCAUUUGCUGUGGCAUGGUACUUCAAAAGAAGCUGCCGAAAAGAUUGCCGAGAGUGACUUCAAGAUACCAGUUGGGAAAGACAUGAAGCAUGCAGCCCGUUUCGGAAACGGAGCGUACCUUGCGGAGGACUUGGAGAAGUCACUCACCUACGCCGAGCCCACCAACGAUGGAACCCGCGUCGUCCUUCUCUGCAGGACGCUCUGUGGCGAUUUCUACUACACUGAAAGGCAUACAGAAAUCAAUGCUGCCCAGUUGCGUGAUGCACAAGCAAAGCACUCGGUGCUGGCCAACCCAGAGCGCAAAGGUCCGCGGGAGUUUAUCGUUCCCACGUCCGACCAAGUGUACCCCGAGUUCAUCUUGGAGCUCGAUGUGAAAGAUUGGGUGCCACCACCUCCUGCACCAGCAGCCGGCAAUAGUUGCUUUUUGUUUAUCAUGCUAGGGGUUGCCUGGGAUUCUUGA